CGCGCCCGCACGAGACGAGUCGCAGCAGGGACUGCGGGGCGUCGGGGACAGGUUGUGCUUUUCUCUAGUUUACUAGUAAUCAUUAAAUUCUCAACCUCCCGUUUCCCUUGCAGACACAGAAGGACGAAAAGAAUGCGGUUCGCUGAGCAACCGCGCGUGCAAAGAGUUCUUACUUUGAGAACAGCGCGUGGCUAGUAGAACGGAAGCAGCAGUGAGUCCGGAGCAGAAGUCGCUCCUGCUGCUGCAGCACAGCGCACAGAACUAACAGAAGACGGAAGUUUACAUUUGCUUCAGUGAAACUGAAGUUGGACAAGUCGUGUAAAUAAUCAUGGGGAAUACCGCGUCCGCUAAGGGAUUUAAAACACACUAGUAUUUGAUCUUUAGGUGGGAUCUUUGUGUUUUCUGUAGAUGCAGAGUAUAUCCACGACACGAAUAAAAUUAGGUGUGUUUACUCUCUCUAGACCCAGUCCUUUCCCGUUCACUGCUGUCCUUACAUUGAGUCAGCGCAGCGUCACAUUUUCCAAGUGCGACCUUCCACAGCUGGAACGGUAAACAGUACCAACAAUUGGCUGGCGCAGCAGCUCGUCACGUGACGUUGGAGGAAGUGACCCGGUAUUCUGAUUGGCUGCGCCGCGCAGUCAAUCAACAGAAUAUCUCGGGCGCGUGCGGGCGAGCGAGCGAGCAGCGUAGUUCGGUGGGAAAAUGUCCUCCGCGCCUGACGGGAAGAAGCUGGUCCGCAGCCCGAGCGGACUUCGCAUGGUGCCCGAGAACGGGGCGUUCAACAGCCCCUUCUCCCUGGACGAACCACAGUGGGUUCCGGACAAAGAGUGUCCAAGAUGCAUGCAGUGCGACACGAAGUUUGAUUUCAUUACUAGAAAGCACCACUGCAGGCGCUGUGGCAAGUGCUUCUGUGACAAAUGCUGCAGCAAGAAGGUGGCGCUGCAGCGCAUGUGCUUUGUGGACCCUGUGCGACAGUGUGCCGAGUGCGGCCUCAUCUCCCAGAAGGAAGCCGAGUUCUAUGACAAGCAGCUCAAGGUGCUCAUGACAGGUGCCACAUUCCUGGUCACUCUUGGCACUUCAGAGAAAUCUGAAACAAUGGUGUGUCGCCUCUCCAACAACCACAGGUAUCUUUUCCUGGAUGGCGAAAGCCACUUUGAAGUGGAGCUGUCCCGGAUUUCCAGCAUGCAGGUGCUGACGGAGGGAUCUCCUCCUGGAGACAAAGAUAUUCACACUUACACCAGUCUGCUGGAGAGUCCAUACAUAUCGGAAGGGUCGAGCUCCCCAGCCAGUAGCAUGAUGCUCCGCUACAAGACUGUGGGCUCCCGGGACCUACAGAAUCUGCGUUUAGAAGCCACCGACGACAGGAAAACGGCGUCCGUCUGGCUGGCAGCCAUGCACAAAGCUGCAAAGCUGCUGUAUGAAUCUCGGGACCAGUAACCAAGUGGAGAUACUGAUGGAGGGAGAGACUGAGGAGAGACCCAAGUGUUUCCUACAACCCCCAUAUGUUCCACGUAUGCUGGGACCAACACGUUAUGUACCCUCUGCUUUCUGUUCCCAGCUCCAGUGGCCUGGAUCGUGAGCCAGCCACACUUCUGCGAUCUGCCGCCUUUCACUGACUCUAGUGCAAUAUAUACCAUUUAAUACAUGCUUUAAAUGUAGUGUCAUGUAUUGGAUUUUGUAUAAAAACUAUUUUGUUAAAUAUUCCUAUUUUAACACAAUGAAGAUGCAGUGUAUGUACUUUUUACUGCUGAAGUGUUUAUUACAGUUAUUUUGUAUCACUUAUGUAACUCUUGUCCCCCUCACACUAAAGGAUGAAUUUAAUGUUUACUUGGAUAGAGGGUGGCUUUCCUUAUUUUUUUUUCCCCUCCUCCCUUUACUUUGAGGUGUGCUGCUGGAUCCCUUCAAAGUACACUAAUAUUGCUCAGCAUUAUCAGUGCAAAAUGACUGCCUGAUGCACAGCUUAUCACUGUUUUAAGUUAAUUGCCCACCAUGCCCAAAACGAUGUAAUUGUGAAUAGAUAUUUAUAUUUAUUUCCUUUUCAAAUAUCUGAUACAUGUUGGAACCAAGUGAAAUAAUCCACAUUUGUGCCAGUGUUCCCUUUAAGAAAACUGUAUCAACAAGUUUGGAGAAAUGUUUGCUGAAGGUUUUAGUAUAAGGAGCGUUUCUUUAAACGCAGUUGUGAUGGUGCACAUUCAAGAUUUUCUUUUCUAAAAGGCAUGUUUAAAUGUUUUUUUUGGAUCUUCAGGUGUAAGCAUUCUGUAUUGUAUUGCACCAUUGUGUGUGUGCGUGCGUGCGUGUGGAUUGUUGCCUGGAUGAGGCUUGUAAAUAUCUUUGCGGAGUCUGCAGGGCUGUUUUGAGGUUUGUUUUAUGGAUUUUUAUUGAUACAACUAGACUUUCUUCUACCACAUGACCUUGUGUCCGGGACAUUAAAGGGUGGACCCUGUGAGUGUGUGUAUGUGAGUGUGUGAGACUCCUGUUGGCUGCAGUCAUUCCGAUGACUGUGGGGAAGCUGUGUUACUAUGUGCAGUUCUCAGACGACCACCAGGGGCGCUACCUUCCACGCUGCUUUACGGGGUCAAGGCGACUCGACCCGAACUACAGUCGUACAUGGGAACAAUUGACGCAAUUACACACGAUUGUUUUGUAACUCUUUGCUAUAUUUUUAACUAUUGCAGCAAUUGUCUAAACGUAAAUUUAUUAGUUUACAAAUGUUUGUGCAUACAGUGCUCAAUUUUGUUACAUAUACCUAACUGAAAU